UUCAAUUAAGAUGAAAAGAAAAAGAUGAAUGGGAUUGAAAAAAAAAAACGUGAAGCACCUUCGGUAUUACUAAAGAAUGUCAAAAAAGAUUGUGUUUGCUUUCAAUAUUUUCAAGCAGUGAAACGACUUGAAUCCUUACAAAACUGCACGACCUACGAAAAAAAGCUUCACACUCAAUUUGUUAAAAAAUCUUUACAUGUUAUUUUUAAUGCUAUUUGUUUAGAUGCACAGUGGGAAAAAUACGUAGCGUACUUUAUCAAAUGUCAUUUUCAUCAAUGGCCCAUUCUAGAGCGAAUAGAACCUUUAUGGUGUGUAACGCAACUGAUAAAAAACCAGUUGGUUUCUUGUAAUCUUGAUACUAAGGAAAUAAAAAACAUGUGUAGUAAAAGUCGAGAACAACGUAAUGAAUUGAUUCAAUUGACGAUUCGUUACCUUCAGUCAUCAAAGCAAUGGACAUUUGAAUGGAAUUGGUCACGUUGGUUACUUUUGAUGCGUCUUUUACCUUUGUUAAAAAAUCUACAGAUUGUUCCUGACGCACACAUUAUUUUAUCUCUUCUUCAUUGUUCUAUAAAAGCUUCACUACCUAUAAAUAUUCAAGGAAUAUUAUUAAGCUGCCUUCUAGCCACAGCUUCUUUUCCCACAUCAUUUUCACAACAAGUUUCUAUGCUCUCUUGUCAUUCUUCAAGUGUGCCCCCUAAAAAAAUGUACCGUUUAUGGGAAGUUUUAAAUCAAACGCUUUUUUUAUCUUCGAGUGAUACACUUGAGGCGUUAAAUCUCAGCACGUUAUCUUCGGGAAUGAAGGGGAUUCAAGGAUCUAUUAAAAACAUUGCGUGUUUCUUAAACGAAACAACUUUUCCAUCCCACCAUUUUACAGACAUUUCAUUCUUAGGUUCUUUUGCUAAUCGUUUAAGUCAGUGCUUAUAUAAAAACCAAUUUACUUUUUCUCAGAUUGUUUCCUCCAAAUUUAUACCCACAUUAUAUAAAGCGUAUGAAUGGAUGUCUUUAUUAUCUGUUUUUCUUUUUGAAAAACCUUCUCAAUUGUUGAAACGAGCGUUUCAGUAUCAUAAAGGAAUUGACGGGAUACAUAAAAUACCACAUUUAAUUGCUAUUGAACAAGCUAUUUUAUGUUCACGAGAACGUCAUCGUCAUGGAGCUUGUUUAAUACAAUCUUCUUUAGAAAAUAACCACUUAAUUCAAAUUGUUUCCAAAGGAAGAAAUCAAGUAAUCAAAAAUGCCUCCUUGGUUCAUCGCGUUGGUGCUGUGCGCCACGCAGAAAUCGCUUGUCUUAUUAAGUCAACUCUAGUAGAUCUGAGACUUUCCACACCAUCCCUCUUGCCUUUUGAAAACCCUUCAAAGAUUCAUUCAAUUUAUAUAGUCGAACUCGAUGAUUAUGAUAUAGGAGAAGGUUGGCGUCUCUAAACAAUAUUAUUCGACACCUUAUGGGAUUCGCUAUGAAACGUUUCCCUUUUUGCCAAACGUUAAGUAUUAAAACCUUUGAAUCGACCUGAGUUUCUUAUCCUUUUUGUUUCUGUCAUAUAGAGCACCCACCUUGGAUUUCGUUUUUAAAACACGAAUCUUUUAGCACAUUAGUUUGGGAAUUUUCUUGUUCCUUUUAACAAAUUAAAAUACCUUGACACUCUUACCAUUUGGUUAUUUCAUAAUUAUAUCAUACGUUUAUAUAUGUUCACUAAUGUUUCAACACA